GUGCUGCAGCUAGCCUCGCCGGCUCUCGUUGACAGUCACUCACCUCACGUCCUCGCCACUUAAACUUCUACUAUAAAUUAGUUAACUGCUACAGAGCUGAAUGACAGUGGUUGUGCUGUUUGUGUGUCACUGUUUUGCAAAAGAGUCAUGCAGCUGAUGCAUUAAAAAUGAGAGAAGGAGUGCGUGUUGUGUGACUCAGCUCUUGUUUAGUGAUGGAGAAGCCCUGGAGGCUGUGGGGGACAGUGGAGCGGUGUACCCUGACUCUGGCCUCCUGGUCCUGGGGUGCCUGUCGUGUCUCCCUGUUGGCCCUAAUCCUAACCUUUCAUUUAUAUGGAGGAUUUUUUCUCCUAGCUCUCAUCCUAGCCUCUGUGGCGGGCAUCCUCUACAAAUUCCAGGAUGUGCUCCUCUACUUCCCCGACCAGCCCUCCUCCUCUCGCCUUUAUGUCCCUAUGCCAACAGGAAUCCCACAUGAGAAUGUGUACAUUCGCACCAAGGAUGGUGUGAAGCUCAACCUUAUCCUGCUUCGCUACACAGGAGGGGACAUGCCUCCUGGAGUCACCCCUGGUAAUCAAAGCAGCCCCUCUUCCUCCGCUCCACCUACCAUCCUUUAUUUCCAUGGUAAUGCAGGCAAUAUUGGUCACAGGGUGCCAAAUGCUCUGCUGAUGCUGGUCAAUCUGAAAGCCAACGUAGUGCUGGUGGACUAUCGUGGCUAUGGAAAGAGUGAGGGUGAGCCCAGUGAGGAUGGGCUGUACCUGGAUGCGGAGGCCACGCUGGACUAUGUCAUGACCCGUCCUGAUCUGGACAAGACAAAGGUGGUACUAUUUGGCCGCUCAUUAGGUGGUGCUGUGGCCGUGCGCUUGGCAUCAGCCAAUCCUCACCGUGUAGCAGCCAUUAUUGUUGAAAAUACCUUCCUCAGCAUCCCACACAUGGCAGCAACACUCUUCUCCUUCUUGCCCAUGCGCCUGUUGCCCUUGUGGUGCUAUAGAAAUCAGUUCCUGUCCUAUCGGCAGGUGGCGCUGUGCCGCAUGCCUUCUCUGUUUGUUUCUGGUCUGUCAGACCAGCUCAUCCCACCAGUCAUGAUGAAACAACUGUAUGAGCUGUCUCCUGCACGGACUAAACGUCUGGCUAUAUUUCCAGAGGGCACACACAACGACACGUGGCAGUGUCAGGGCUACUUCGCUGCUUUGGAGCAGUUCAUAAAAGACCUGAUGAAGAGCCAUGCCCAUGAGGAGAACGCUCAGCCCUCUGCUAGUGUCACCAUUAUCUGAAGGGACUGACUACAGGUUAUGGGGCUGGAUGAAGGAAAGGCUGUCACGAAAUUGUUGAAACUGACUAAAUAGAUUUUUGGGAAGAAUGUACAUUUUUUUAUGCUUUUAUCCGGGUUUUUAUUUUAUUUCACUCUUUUUACCUUUCUGUAAAUGUAAAAUUUUUGUCAAAUUGAUAUGACUAAUUCAAUUGUUUGAGAAAGGGAAACAUUGCCCUCAUAGGUUAUUUUGUGGUUCAACUAUGAAUGCAUGUACUUGUGACCUUUUUAUGAAUGGAGCCUGAGCAUACAUGCUCACACUGAAAGACAUGUCACAACCAUAAAAGACUUAGCUGUGGUGCGUCUACUGAAAUUAAUUACAAUCACUGAUACAAUUGCGCAUAGUAUAAUGAUCAUAUGAGGACCUACGGUAUAUUGGUGACAACAGAUUACUACUGCAAUCAAAUUACACUUCUGAAAUACAAAAUCAGACACUGAUAAUAUGUGAGCCCAUAUUGUGUGUAUAUAUAUAUAUAUAUAAAUGUUUUGUCAAUACAUUGCACUUUUUUUCAAAAUUGUAGUUUAAUCUAAUCCGAGCAAUACUUACAGGAACAUAUGGAUGUUUUUUUUUCUUUCCCCCUUUGGUGAGGAAAUAAUAUCGAGUGCUUGCUGCAGCUUGGUAUGUCAUGACAUUGUAGUGAUCAAUAUAUAUAUAUAUGUACCCUUGAAAAUUUUUGUUUGGCACAAUAACAUAAAGAAUUGUGCUGAUGAGUAUUUAUAUUCAGCCAAAAAAAGUAAUUUGUUGGCUGAGAUAAAGAGGUCCAAGUUUGUCCCCAUCAAAAAUAAGUUAUUUAGAUAUUUUUUCUUGUCAAACUUCUUGUGUUUCUGGGUUUCUGGGAUAAGCUAAAGAUAUUCUUCCUGUUAUUGUGUCCUGUUGAAACACAACUAGCUCACAGGAUUGUCUGUACUCUUAAAAUUGGUUUAGAGCAUUUGCUCUGUGUGUAGUCUGUCUUGAUACAGCACUGUAACAUGCUCAUAUGAACUUACAAAAGGUUAGAAGAUGUUGUACUCCUCCUGUCCAUACUAGCUGUGAAGAGAGUUCAGUCAAAGUGAAAAAUGAGGCUUCAGCAGUCAGUUAGCCAAAUCAAGUGGAUGCUUUCCAGAGUUGAGCUGCCUCUUUAGUGCAGAAUUCACUUUUUUGCAUCACAAUUUCUCUUCUGCAGAUUGACAAGAAACACUUUGAAAGAUACUCACUCAUUUUGUUAAACUCCAAGUGCUGAAGCCUCAUAUUAGCUUCAGUUGAACUUUUUGACUACUAACUCUUUCAAUGUACAUACAUAUGAGCAUGACAGUAUUGUAUUAAGAUAGUCUUGUAAAAUCUGAAUCUGUCCUUAUUAAUUAUUGGAAAUUAAAAUGAAAACUUAACAAACGUUAUUUGUUAUUAUCAUGAGCAUAAUUCUCAUUUGGAGGUUUCGAGGUUCUCGUCUCACCCCGUGCGUAUGUGGCAAAAUGGCUUUACUCACUUGGAGGGCUUUUAAUGAGCUAAUUAACCUUUCCUGCAUGUCUUCCAGGGGAUGGAGCAGAGCCUGACAAUUUAAAACACUGUUAUCUGCUCAUGCUUUCAAAAUGCAGCACGCUGCACUGCAGAGGUAUCAAAGCCAUUAAAAUACACAAACGGAUUUCCUUAGCCAUAUGUGAUACUGUUUGUUCAACAGUAUGCUAAACAAAAUUAAACACCAAAAGACCAAAUACGUUUGUGUCAGUGUGUUAACAACUUGAACAACGGUGUAAAGGCUACUAUGAAUGUAAAUUGUGGUCUUAACUGAACAAGUGUGCUUUAUAAGAAAUAAUGUACUGAUGUAAUGAUCUUUUCUCCCUUUUUUGUGUGACAUCUUCCCAGCAGUGGCACUGAACGGUUUGACAUUUUUGUAAUAUAUCUAACCCUAUGAUCUGUUAGAUGCAGUUUUAUUAUUUUUACCCAUCAUAUGUUAUCACAUUGUGCAAUCUGAUUUUGUAUGUGAUUACAUACUCCUGUCCUUCCACUCGCUUACUUUUACACUCUGCUCUUAUAUUGCUUUGCACCCUCUCUUCAUUUAAGAAAAAUUGUAGAAACUUGACAUCAUUCACUUGAUUAUGUUGUUUUGGUGGCUGGCCUAAUGCAAAAUUAAUAAUAAAUAAAAUAUUGUGUUGGUUUUUAUCCUGAAAUGUGUUGUUACUGUCAAGACCCUGUUGUUGAAAAGAAAUGGAAUCAAACUGAAUGUCUGUUCAUUUUUUACAAAGCAAAUCAUUUGCUAGGUAUUGUGCUACUGCACUAUGGAGCUUACUUUUAUAUGUUCUUCUGCUUGUUAAUAAAGUGGAAUGAAUGCUGUUGAAAGUGUUGGCAUAGUGUGAAAUUUGUGAGUUGCAUUUGCAAGCUGGCAUGUUGUUAUGUUGAGUCUUGGCAGUUUUUCUGUAAUGAGCCUGCGCAGUGUUGCCAUUAUUUCUGUUCAUUUACCUUGACUUGCAGUGACUCCACAUUGAAGAAACAUUGAUGGGAUAUCUGAACAGUCAGACAUCUGAAUGACUCAUCAUUAUCUUUAGUAUGAAGCAAUCAGCUUAAGGAAUUUUCCAUUUUAGAGUUGUUUCUUUUCUAUUUCAGAACAAUGUCAACUUAUUUUGUAAGCACACAUUUUCACUUUCUAUUUUCUGUACUGUAACAUGUAAUAAAAUUGAUAC